UAGCGGUGCAUAAAGUCAACAGAUAUAAAUGCAAAAAGCCAUGCAAAAUUGUUUUUUUUUUUUAAUAUAUAUAUAUGUAUAUAAUGGAGAUGGUAUAGCUGGGUCUUCAAAAUCAAAAUCAAAAUCAAAAUCAAAAUCAUAGAUCAUUUAGAGUGGAAAAUAACAAUAAUAAUGGAAUUUAAGAGCUCUCGUUUGGUUGUGCCAAGUGUGCAAGAAUUAUUGGCAAAGGAUCCCAACAUGGUGACCAUCCCAUCAAGAUACAUUCAAAAUCCUCAAAAUAAUAUCAAUAAUUCUGUUUCUCUUGAUCAUCAAAUCCCUGUUAUCAAUUUCCAAAAUUUGUUUCUUCAUGAUGAUGAUGAUCAUCAUCAAUCUGAACUAUCUAACCUCCACUCAGCUUGUAAGGAUUGGGGCUUCUUCCAGUUGAUCAACCAUGGAAUAAGUGAUUGUUUGAUAGAAAAUGUAAAGAAAGGAGUUGAAGAUUUGUUCAAAUUAUCAGUAGAAGAGAAGAAAAAACUAUGCCAGCUUCCGGGAGACAUAGAAGGAUUUGGACAAACUCAGGUUUUCAGUGAAGAACAAAAGCUUGAUUGGACUGAUUACAUAUUAAUUUUCACCUUACCACUUGCUUUGAGGAAGCCUCACUUGUUUCCAAACCUCCCAAUUACUUUAAAGCAAAGUUUGGAAAUUUAUUCAUUACAACUCGCAAAGCUUGCCAAAGAUCUAAUUUGCCAAAUGGAGAAGAUUCUAGGAAUCAAAAACGAUGAAAUUUCGAAUUUGUUUGAAGAUGGAUUGCAGCUUUUUAGUAUGAAUUGUUACCCUCCAUGUCCUGAGCCAGAGAAAGUUAUAGGCCUCAGUCAUCACUCAGAUGGGGGAUGCCUUACCUUUCUUCUUCAAGUGAAUGAAGUACAAGGCCUCCAAGUCAAGAAAGAUGGCAUGUGGCUCCCAAUCAAUCCUCUCCCUAAUGCUUUUGUUGUCAAUAUUGGAGAUGUACUAGAGAUUUUGACAAAUGGAAUAUAUCGUAGUAUUGAGCACAGAGUGACAAUAAACUCUACACAAGAAAGACUCUCAAUUGCCACAUUCCAUAAUUUAAGUAUAGAUUCUGUCAUAGCCCCAGCCAACACCUUGAUCACUCCAAAAAAUCCUGCCUUAUACAAAACAUUGUCCAAUAAAGAAUAUUUCAAGGAUUUUUUUUCGAGUGAGCUGCAAGGAAAAAGUUACCUUGAUUCUAUGAAACUAUAAAUAUUUAGAGUACUACGUACUUGGGUUUAUAUAUUAUUAAGAUAAUGUUUUUCAUAUUAUUAUUCAGGAAGCAUUACUAUAUAUAUAUAUAUAUAUAUAUAUAUAUAUAUAUUUAUAUAUAUAUAUGGUUACUACCAAAUGUAAUGUCUAGUAGCUAUGCUUUUUUUUAUUAUUAAUAAUGUCUAUGCUCUUAAUAAAAUUGUGUAAUAUGUUAUAUUUCACAUUGAAUAAUAUGCUUUUACAGUUUUACCUUUUA